AUGACAACAACAACAACAACAACUACUACUACUACUAUCACUACCACUACUACUACUACUAUCACUACUACUACUACUACUACUACUACUACUACUACUACCACUACCACUACUACUACUACUACUACUACUACUACUACUACUACUACUACUAGUACUACCACUAUAACUGUUACUAUUAAUAACCUACUGAAUUAUGUAUGUUUGUUUGGUGUACAGUAUUCUCAGUAA